AUGGCGGGCCCAGGCCCGGGCGCGGCUCUAGAGUCCCCUCGGCAGCUGCUGGGCCGCGUGCGCUUCCUGGCGGAGGCAGCGCAGAGCCUCCGCGCCGGACGGCCGCUACCAAAGGCGUUGGCCUUCGUGCCGCGCGAGGUGCUCUACAAGCUUUACAAGGACCCGGCGGGACCCUCGCGCGUGUUGCUGCCGGUGUGGGAGGCGGAGGGCCUGGGGCUGCGCGUGGGAGCCGCGGGCCCCGCCCCUGGUACCGGCUCCGGGCCCCUCCGCGCUGCCCGCGACAGCAUUGAGCUCCGGCGCGGCGCCUGCGUGCGUACUACCGGAGAGGAGCUGUGCAACGGCCACGGGCUCUGGGUGAAGCUGACCAAGGAGCAGCUGGCAGAACACCUGGGCGACUGCGGACUGAACGAAGGCUGGCUGCUGGUGUGCCGACCGGCCGAGGGCGGGGCCCGCCUCGUACCCAUCGACACACCUGACCAUCUUCAGCGGCAGCAGCAGCUCUUUGGCGUGGACUACCGACCUGUGCUCAGAUGGGAACAAGUAGUGGACCUGACAUACUCUCAUCGCCUUGGAUCAAGGCCCCAGCCAGCCGAGGCUUACACGGAAGCUGUACAGAGGCUACUCUAUGUGCCCCCGACGUGGACCUACGAGUGUGACGAAGACCUGAUCCACUUCUUGUACGACCACCUGGGCAAGGAAGAUGAGAACCUGGGUAGCGUGAAGCAGUAUGUGGAGAGCAUAGACGUUUCCUCCUACACGGAGGAGUUCAAUGUGUCCUGCCUGACGGACAGUAAUGCAGACACCUACUGGGAGAGUGAUGGUUCCCAGUGCCAGCACUGGGUACGGCUUACCAUGAAAAAGGGCACCAUUGUCAAGAAGCUGCUGCUCACAGUGGAUACCACAGAUGACAACUUUAUGCCUAAGCGGGUAGUGAUCUAUGGAGGCGAAGGGGACAACCUGAAGAAGCUGAGUGACGUGAGCAUUGAUGAGACCCUGAUCGGGGAUGUAUGUGUCCUGGAGGACAUGACCGUUCAUCUCCCAGUCAUCGAGAUCCGCAUCGUGGAGUGCCGAGAUGAUGGGAUUGACGUGCGUCUUCGAGGGAUCAAGAUCAAGUCAUCUAGACAGCGGGAACUAGGGUUAAAUGCAGACCUGUUCCAGCCAACCAGUCUGGUGCGAUACCCACGCCUCGAAGGCACUGACCCUGAAGUACUGUACCGCAGAGCUGUUCUUCUGCAGAGAUUCAUAAAGAUCCUAGACAGUGUCCUACACCACCUGGUACCUGCCUGGGAUCACACGCUUGGCACCUUCAGUGAGAUUAAGCAAGUGAAGCAGUUCCUGCUGCUAUCACGCCAAAGGCCAGGGCUAGUGGCCCAGUGCUUGCGUGACUCAGAAAGCAGCAAGCCCAGCUUCAUGCCACGCCUGUACAUCAACCGGCGCCUUGCCAUGGAACACCGUGCCUGCCCCUUAAGGGACCCUGCCUGCAAGAACGCAGUCUUCACCCAGGUUUAUGAAGGCCUCAAGCCCUCUGACAAGUAUGAAAAGCCCUUGGACUACAGGUGGCCCAUGCGCUAUGACCAGUGGUGGGAGUGUAAAUUCAUUGCAGAAGGCAUCAUUGACCAAGGGGGUGGUUUCCGAGAUAGCCUGGCAGACAUGUCAGAAGAGUUGUGCCCUAGCUCAGCAGACACCCCUGUGCCUCUGCCCUUCUUUGUGCGCACAGCCAACCAGGGCAAUGGCACUGGUGAGGCCCGGGACAUGUAUGUGCCUAAUCCCUCCUGCCGAGACUUUGCCAAAUAUGAAUGGAUUGGACAGCUGAUGGGGGCUGCCCUUCGGGGUAAGGAAUUCCUGGUCCUGGCUCUGCCUGGUUUUGUAUGGAAGCAGCUCUCUGGUGAGGAAGUGAGUUGGAGCAAGGACUUCCCAGCUGUGGACUCUGUGCUGGUGAAGCUCUUGGAAGUGAUGGAAGGAAUGGACAAGGAGACAUUUGAGUUCAAAUUUGGGAAGGAACUAACAUUCACCACUGUACUGAGUGACCAGCAAGUAGUAGAGUUGAUCCCCGGGGGUGCAGGCAUCAUAGUGGGAUAUGAAGACCGUUCCCGUUUCAUCCAACUGGUGCAGAAGACACGGCUAGAAGAGAGCAAGGAGCAGGUGGCAGCCAUGCAGGCAGGACUGCUAAAGGUGGUGCCACAGGCUGUGCUGGACUUGCUGACCUGGCAGGAAUUGGAGAAGAAAGUGUGCGGGGACCCAGAGGUCACUGUGGACGCUCUACGAAAGCUCACCCGGUUUGAGGACUUCGAGCCAUCUGACACUCGAGUGCAAUAUUUUUGGGAAGCACUGAACAACUUCACCAACGAGGACCGGAGCCGCUUCCUGCGCUUUGUCACUGGCCGCAGCCGUCUGCCAGCACGGAUCUAUAUCUACCCAGACAAACUGGGCUACGAAACUACAGAUGCGCUGCCUGAGUCUUCAACUUGUUCAAGCACCCUCUUCCUACCACAUUAUGCCAGUGCCAAGGUGUGCGAGGAGAAGCUCCGCUAUGCGGCGUACAACUGCGUGGCCAUUGACACUGACAUGAGCCCUUGGGAGGAGUGA